CUUCCAAUACAAAUAAUCAAAGUACUUCGUGGUCUCUGCUCUUGGUUCCGCUACCUCAGCUUCUUGAAGAUAAUGGCUAUGGUAAUCUUCAGAUAGUUAACAUUACGCCACCACCAAUUACAUCAUCCAACUAUGGCACUGUCGAUUCAUCUACAACUGCUCUAAACAUUACCUUUAAUAGUUCUGUUGUUUUGUCGACCGGUUUCAUUACAAUUUACAAAUCAUCUGACAACACAAUUAGACAAACAAUUCCUGCAACGAGUGAUUAUGUUAAAAUUAUAAAUCAAAAUCGUUCGAUU